GACACCAAAGCGUUUUUUCACGAGCAGCGGGAGAGCGACUAGCUGUGAAUCUCCCCACACCGGCAGUAUGCUUGGUGACUUUACACCAAGCAGGUAGUCUGUUUGCAUGCCUCGACAGUCCUCCAGGAUACUUUUGUCAGCAUCAGGCUACUAACCUGUUCGGGACAACCCCACAAAAACACUCCAACUCAUACGUAAUAUUACAAAGUUGCAACAAACGUGCAGGAGACACAGGGACUGUGAUGUUUUAAAGCAUGAAAUCUGCAGAUUGUAUCCUGAAGUUCCCUGCAGAGAAGCUACCUGACACGUGCAGGUAGAGUGCGACCAAUCAUUCUCCGGGCUCGUGCAGGCAGGUAUAAAUGUGAGGCUGUUGUUGCCGUAGAAACGAUCUGCUGCUGGAGAGUGAACCAGAGAGCCUGUGAGAGCUCAAGGAACACGUGAGACGACUUGAGACAAGUAGAAGCAAAGACCAUCGCUCUCUCCCUUCAUGGCCUUUGGACCACACAAUGUCUGAUGUGAAAGUCUGUCCCACUGUCAGUGGAAAUCCCCCUCCACCGGAGGUCAUAAAUUCAAAGAAGCCUAGACGAGUAACCAAUCAGCUCCAGUAUCUGGAGAAGGUGGUCGUCAAAGCUUUAUGGCGGCAUCAAUUUUCAUGGCCCUUUCGCCAGCCAGUUGAUGCAGUGGCACUGCGUCUUCCGGAUUAUUAUUCAAUUAUUAAAACUCCGAUGGAUCUGGGCACGAUCAAGAAACGUCUUCAGAACGGAUAUUACUGGCACGGACUCGACUGCAUAAAAGACUUCAAUACCAUGUUCACCAACUGCUAUGUUUACAAUCGACCUGGGGAUGACAUCAUUGUUAUGGCACAGAGCCUAGAGAAGUUUUUUUUGCAGAAAGUUGACAAAAUGCCAAAGGACGAGUAUGAGGUCACAGAAAUCACUACAAAGGAACCAAUGAGGGGGAGGAAAACAAAUGCAGUUACAAUCAAGCAAAGAUCCCCUGUGUCUGAAGUUGUUCUCCAGCAGACAGUGACAGUCAUGCCCCCUGAUGUGCCUCAACUCUUACAACCUAUCAAGCUCUCUGCACACAGUGAUACAACAAUCAAAAAAGGGAGUAAAAGGAAGGCAGAGCUCUCAACCACCACCACCUCAGGGAUCACCAGUGGCGAGCUUUCCCCUGCUGAGGAUCAUCCAGCUCCUUGCACAUUAAUCUCCAGGCGCGGCAGUGGAAGGCCCAUUAAACCUCCCAAGAAAGACUUGCCAUCCUUUGAGGGAAAGAAGGUCAGACUGUCCGAGCAGCUCAGGUGCUGCAAUGAUAUUCUGAAGGAGCUGCUCUCAAAGAGACACUAUAUGUAUGCGUGGCCAUUUUAUACCCCAGUCGAUGCAGUCGCUUUGGGCUUGCACGACUACCAUGAUAUUAUCAAACAGCCUAUGGAUCUUGCCACCGUAAAGAAAAAGAUGGAACAACGGGAGUAUGCAAACGCAAAGGAAUUUGCUGCUGAUGUUCGGCUGAUGUUCUCCAACUGUUAUAAAUAUAAUCCACCUGCACAUGAGGUGGUCUACAUGGCAAGAAAACUGCAGGAGGUUUUUGAGGCCCGUUAUCUGAGGGUUCCCCCAGCGGAGGCUUGUCCCUUACCUCAUCAUCGAGUGGAAACGGAAAAAGCUAACACACUUGGAGAUAUGUCGAUGUCAGAGAGUUCUGAAAGUAAAAGCUCCUCAGACACUGAGAGGUCAUCAGAAGAGGUGGCCGUGCAGCUAGCCAGCCUAGAGGAGCGGUUGAAAGCUGUGAGUGACCAGCUGAAGAGACUCACACACGAGCCUCUGAAAACAAAGAAGAAAGCCAAGUUGAAAAAGGAAAAAAGAUCCAAAGAAAAGCAUAUUGCUAGACUAAAGCACAAAUCCUGCAAGAACAAAUCUGUCAUUGAAAAAGUGGCCAACUGCAGGAGCUCAGUUGUGCAUGGCAGCAAACACCAUGUCCAUGGAGUACAUUCAAAAUGUGAGGAUGAGGUUUCAUCAAAGCUCAUGACUUACCAGGAGAAGAAGCAGUUGAAACAAGAUAUCAAUGAUUUGCCCGGUGACAAGCUGGGCAAGUUGGUGAAAAUCAUCCACACCAGGGAGUCAUGUCUGCAAGAUACUACUCUCGAGGAACUUGAAGUUGACUUUGAACUUCUCAAGCCCUCCACGCUGAGAGCCCUGCAGAAGUUUGUCAGAGCUUGUCUAAGGAAAUGUAACAAGAAUGUUGGCAAAAAAAAGCAGGAGAAGUCUACAGGAGGAAAGCAGGCCAAACCAAAGGAGGUUGAAAAACCAGAGGUUGGCGGUACAGAUCAGUGCUUAAUAAAGAAAAAUAAGCCAGUAGCCAACAUCAUUCUAUCCUCUGACCCGAACCUCCCUUCACACCUCAGUGAAAGCAGCAGCAGCAGCAGCAGCAGCAGCUCCUCCUCCUCAUCAUCCAGCAGCAGUGGCAGCUGUAGUGACUGUAGUAGUCCUGAUAGCAGUGACUCUGAAUCAGUGCCAAAGACAAAGAAGCAAAAAAGAAAGAAGUCUUCCCAGAAGACAAAGUUGAAGGAGACUCACCCUGCCUGGAGUAAGCAGAUACCAGGGACAAAAGAUUUGACAAACACUGCAGUGAAGGCACCUCAGCUCCCUUGUGCUGUGCAGUCAUCAGAAACCACCCAAGGCCAUCAAACAGGACUGAAUCCAGAGCAGACCUGUAAUGAGCCGACUCUAUCACCUCCAGAUCUGUCUGCCCUUUUAUCCCCCAUGGCAUCUCCAGUGGUCGUGAUGGACUGGGCUGCUGCCAGAUUUGAGCAGGGCCCGGUGCUGUCCCCCCUUAUAGACAGUCCACUGCUGUCUAAAGAUGAGACCAGAUCCAGUAAGUCCACCCCCCACACAGAUUUCAGAUUCCCAGAGGAUGCUCCUGACGAUCAGUUGACGAGUGUGCCUGACAUCAACACAGCAAGUAAAACAACUGAAGAGGAAAAACCCCAAAUAACCAAAAAGGUUGGUCAUUUGGAUCAGGAUGAGGAGAUAGUUUUGAAAAAUGCAGCGUCUUGGGCGAGACUGGUGAAGCAGUCACUCACUCCAACUGCAAUCAAGUCUUCAAAAGAGAGUUUCCAGCAGUUCAAGAAGGCUGUCAUAGAAAAGGAAGAACGUGAGAAAGCACUGAAGAAGAAACUGGAGGAUGGAAACAAGGAGCGAGAAGUUCCUGAUAAGAGCAGCUUACCUGGCCUAUGUAAAGCUGAAGUAAAUGAACUACCCAUAAAAGAGGAGCCUGAUUCACCAGAGAGCAUCUGCUCAGAGGCUACUGUCGACUCUCCAAAGGAUGAGGAGCAGAAAACGUCUCCUGUCCAAACAGAACCUGUUCCCACAAAGUGCCCAGUGGACAGGGAAAGAGAUAUGGCCCGCAGGAAGGAGCAAGAACGUCGCAGACGAGAGUCUAUGUCUAGUAUUGACAUGACUAGACAGCGGGAGAUCAUGACCAUGUUUGAGCUAAACCUGGAGUGAAAGUGGGAUUCUCCUGGAGAAACAAGCCCUUUGAAAGACUUCUCCGUCUCACAGCAGUGAAAAUCUUUCGCUUUCUUGCACACUUAAGAACACUUCAUAUCUCCUCUGUUUGUUCUGGAGGCCAAGUAAAUCAAAUGUUAAUUAAGAAUUAAUACCUGAAAUAAAUUAUAAAUGGGUCCUACCUUUACACUAGUACUUGAAAUCUUUGGUGAAUGUGAACUGAUCCCUUGAAUUAGAUGUGAUCAGGAUGAAGCACUGUGAAAAUUGAAACCUGUAUGAAUGUAUAUUUUGUUUGUUUGUUUGUUUGUACUUUUCAAAUGUGGAUGCUUGGAUCUACAGCUCAAAUCUGUGUAUGACAAGCUUAUGAAUGCAUCCAUAUUCUAGUUAAAAACAAUGUUGUUUUGUUCACUGUAAAAAACAAAAAACUGUUCUUUCCUUCUUGUGUUAAGUUGUCCCAUUCGAUAAAGCCUUGCCACCAUGUAUGAGUUAUCAUUACCAUUGAACAAACUAAACCGAAGGUAGACAAGUUAUCAGUUGAGUGCAUGUAUGCUUGCCUUUCCCUUUAAAAAGCAUCCUUGCACUGAGGUAAAAUAAUAUGUGGAACAAACAUGGAAGGACCCAUGCCAAAGAUUUCAAUGUGGAAUUGGAUGAGCUCAGCUCAUUGUAUACUUGACUACUUGAAAAAUGUGUUCACUGUACACACACACUGCACUUUGUUGUUCAUAGAGUUCUGACUGUUCUGUUGUGUUUGGAAAUUAUCAUUGUAUUCUACAUGUUACAGUUUAAACAAACCAAAAUAUCUUUAUUUUCUUUUAUUUGUACUUCAAAUAAUAAAGCUAUUUUCACUUAGU